UUCAGUCGGCCGCUGAACCCGCGCGCCGUACGGUUGCUCGUGCGUGCAUAUCGCACUUGACUUCGAUUCGUCGCGUUACGUUCCCCCCUUUUUUUUUGCUCACUGCCGCAGGACCACGCGUGUGACGUUUUUCUAUUCGCCGGCAGUCCUGUUCGUCCGUCCGUCCGUCCGUCAGUUUUGUACCUGGUAAGGUGACCAGUUCGAAAGGAGACGAGGCGAAGAGAAAGAGACGACGACGACGACGACGACGACGACGACGUCGUCGAGGCCUGCGUGCGUUCCGAAGGAACCUCUCCUGCAACAAACAGGAUCACAGCGGAGCGCUAUCACGGAUUUCUUACCUCCGAUCGUCCGAUUCGUUGGUGUACAGCUUUCUUAGAUUGUGGUACGUGCGCGGGCGUAACGCCGGGCUGAAGUUCUUCUGCAUGAUUUCGUACGAACCGUCAGCGUACGGUACGAACGGCACGAGCGCGAUCGAGGAGGAUGUAGCCGACAGGCUGCCAGUUGACGCGUCAAGCAUCGAGGAUGUGCAGAACGGACCGCGGAUCGCGGAGAGUGCGAGCAGAAGAAGCAUACCCCAGGAAGCGAGCUUGUCGUUUGCCGAGCGAUCUGGAUCGACCGAGAUCACUGCCGGAUUAAAAGCUCGCGGAUAGUGCGGCGGUGGAAUCCGUCCCGAAGAGCCGUCCGAGGAACCUCCGUAGCCGGGUUGCUGGCUCGCCGGAGCCGACCCGGAGCCGGAGCCGGAGAGAUCGAAAGACUGUGAGAGCAGCAGCAGCAGCGUCGAAGAGGAGAGGAGGAAGAUGUUGGGCGUGAGUCAGCCGGGAAACCCGCCCUCGAGCUUGCGACACUCGGCGAGCUUCUCUUGUCUGCAGCGUGGCACGGCCAGCAGCGAGGGACACCGAGCCAGGACCUCGACGUUGCUGCAGCAGCCCGGGCUGCAGCUGAGCGGCGUCGGCGGCGGCGGUGGCGGCGGUCAUCAUCAUCGGUACGCGUCCGGGCAGACGUCGUUGUUGCAGCAGUCGACGGGGACCGUUCAGCACCGGGUCGAGGCGUUGGAGUCUCUUCAGGACAGCAACGACUACGGUUUCGUGAAGAUCAGGCCGCGACUGCGCAGCACGAACGCGACCCUCUACCACGAGGAGGAAGUAGCCGCGCAGAAGACCGCCCUCUGGGACCGCGACGUCUCGGCGUUCAGCGACCGGGAGUGCGACUCGAACUACAGGGACUGCUCGCUGAAGAUCAAGGACCGGGAGCACUCGCCGAAGACCGGCGGCUCCGCGAAGAACCACCAUCAGAACCCGCUGAGAGGCGCGCUGAUCCUCUUCACCUCGACCUCGUCCUGGUGGAAGGCCAGGCAGCGGGAGGACCAGCUGACCGGCUCGGAGCGGGCGCUCGCCUCGACCGCCACCGUCUCCGAGAGGAAGUGGUCCAGCACCUCGAUGGCGUCGCCGUCGAACGACCGGAAGUGGGUGCCGUCGGUGACCUCGCCGACCAACGACCGGAAGUGGUCCGUGGGGAACGGCGCGCUCUCGUCGUCCUCGGGGAACGAGAGGAAGUGGACCAGGUCCUCGGUGUCCUCGAGCUCGACGGGCCAGCAGGACCGGAAGUGGCGGUCCCUGGGCGCCCUGCUGAGGGCUCCCACGGGCACCGGCUCGCACGGCAUCCAGCACUCGCUGUCCCACAACAUGAGCGUCUCGAUGAUCGAGGCCGGCGAGCACUUCCGGGAGGAUCUGCGCGGCUCCGGUUACAGCGGCAAGUCGACGCGCUACCAGCAGCAGCCGACCUCCUACUCGGCGAGGGUCUCCAGGGUCAGCCGAGACAUUUACAGGGAGAACGGGGAGUUCGGGCAGACCGGCCGGUCGAAGGUCAGCCGCAGGCUCUACCAGGAGGCCGCGGAGGACCGGGACCCGGAGGAGAGACACCUGCAGCAGGCCAGACACCAGUUCGAGGACGAGUGUCGCGGCAGGAGAAACGGCGAGACCGUCUGCAAAGAGCAGACCGGCGCCGAGACCCGCGUCACCUCCACCAGAUCGAGCCGGGCGCAGAGCUUUUAUCUUCUGGACGACUUUCUGCGGCCGCAGCAACAGCAACAGCAACAGCAACAACAGCAGCAGCCGCAGCAGAGCAAGUGCAUGCUGAACGUCUACCUGUCGCCGUCCCACUCCAAGUCCGGCAACGAUCACGCCAGAUCGGUCGACGCGAAGCAACUCUCCCAGGGGAACGUCACGAACAUCACGCCGCCCAGGCGUCACAACUCGAGCUCGGACAGCCUCGAGGUGGCGACCAGCCCUUUGCCGCCGCCGGUGCCGCCGCCGCCCCCGCCUCCGCCGCAGCUCAACGCCAGAGACAGAGACAGGGCGGACAGAGCGGACAGAGCGGACAGUUUCAAGGAAAAGGACGCGUGCCCGUGCAAAAUGUGCUGGACCAAUAUGCAGCAGAGAUCUUUCGUUGAAGAGGUGAGUAGGCGAACCAAAGAACGUGCAAAUCUCUGUCAAGAGUCGGGGAGGAGUCCUGGAACGUUGCACAAAGAUGUCAGCGGUGCUGGUACCAAGGUCAGCGGGAAGACGGUUGGCAGCGCCGCCACUGCAGCCCUCACCGCGCUCUCUGCCAUUAAUAAUACAUCCAACACCAGUCGGAGCAAGAACAACAUCCCCGUGUCCCAAGAGAAGUUACUGUCAUUCUUUCACCCCAAAUCCACGCGAGUGGACAAAUCGGAUAACAACAACACGAACAACUCCACGACGAACAACAUCCACAACAUGCCGACGCAUGAACCUUCGAUCAACGCCACGUCUCACGAAACAUUCUCUGGGAGAUUGCCAAUGACACGCCAAGAGGCAAUCAAGCAUUUCGGUUGGGGUCUGACGGAGUUCGAGCGCGCGGAGAUCGAGCAAUAUUCCGAGAUCUGGUAUCUGGGCCUGGCGGUCCACAAAAUUCACGGCGAGGAGGGUGCCGCCCAAAACAACGGAUACGACGACGAAAAUGGGAACUACAACAAAGUCCUCCACGAUCACAUCUCGUACAGAUACGAGAUCCUGGAGGUGAUCGGCAAGGGAAGCUUCGGCCAGGUGAUCAGAGCGUGGGACCACAAGACGGCCCAGUACAUCGCCAUCAAGAUCAUCAGGAACAAAAAGAGAUUCCAUCAUCAGGCGCUCAUCGAGGUGCAGAUCUUGGAACACCUGAGGAAGAAAGACGUGGACGCGAACCACAAUGUGAUACACAUGCUAGAAUACUUCUACUUCAGGAACCACUUGUGCAUCACUUUCGAGUUAAUGAGCCUGAACUUGUACGAACUGAUCAAAAGGAACAACUACCAGGGAUUUAGCUUGAGCCUGAUACGACGGUUCGCUAAUUCGUUGAUUACCUGCCUGAAACUAUUGCACCAAGAGAACAUCAUCCACUGCGACUUGAAGCCGGAAAAUGUGCUUCUGAAGCAGCGGGGAAGCAGCUCGAUCAAGGUCAUAGACUUCGGAUCCUCCUGCUACAGCCACCAGCGUGUUUAUACAUACCUCCAGUCCAGGUUUUACCGGAGUCCAGAGGUACUUCUGGGUCUUCCGUACGGCACGCCGAUCGAUAUGUGGAGUUUGGGUUGCAUUCUGGCCGAACUGUACACCGGCUGCCCGUUGUUCCCGGGCGAGGAUGAAAUCGAACAGCUCGCCUGCAUCAUGGAGAUACUCGGCGCACCGCCGAAUUACAUCAUCAUCCAGGCGUCUCGUCGCAGGCUUUUCUUCGACGUGUUCGGAACUCCUCGAUGCGUGACAAAUAGUAAGGGAUUGAAGAGGUGGGUCGGCAACAGAAGUCUCGCGAGUGCUCUCCAUUGCACCGACACCCUCUUCGUGGACUUCGUCAAAAGAUGUCUCGAGUGGGAUCCAAACAAGCGUAUGACCCCCAGCGAGGCUGCCCGUCACGAGUGGUUGAAGUCGACCUCGUCCUCCCGCGUGAGCUCCUCCUCCUCGACGAUGGCCUCGUCGACGGUGAACGCGAACGCGAACGCGAACACGAACACGAACACUAACACGAAUACGAACACAAACACGAACGCGAACGUGAACGCGAACACGACGACAACGACGACCGUGGAGACGUCCUCGCAGUCGGCGCACGCCCAAACGGUGAGCGUGACGGUGAGCAGCGCGCCCCGGCAACGGGCCACGACGGUGGAAGACCCGCCGUACAUGACGUACCGGCUGUACAAGGGCCGCAAAUACGUGCAGAGGAUCAGCACGGCCGUGAACGCGGACAACGGCGGCCUGGUGGUGAAGAGCAAGCUGAACGGAAGCGCGAGCAGCCACGCGCUCGCGAGUACCGCGCAGACCACUACCUCGAGGCACGCCUCGACCGGCGAUAUCGUCGCGAGUUUGGACCCGAAUCUCGACGAUUCCGGUGUUGACGGAGCAUGCGCGAGAGAGAAAGAGCUGCCCGCGGAAGAUCUUCAUUCGACUGUAGUCAGAACAAAGAGUCUAACGCUUAACGAGUGUAGCGUGUAACACAGCGCGACACGUACACACACAGGACACACACACAGACACGGAGACGUACACGCGCACACGCAUACGCCGACACACAUACGUACAUACACUACCGAUCUAUAUAGCGAAGAAGAAUAUCAAAUCGUGUAUAAUAACUACCAUUAAACGACACGUGUGCGUCCGGAUACAUGAGUGUGAGAGUGCGAAUGAACGGAUAGUCGAGAAACGGAGCCAGACACAAACCUAUGACGAAGAGGAUGCGUCCAGCGAGAGUGAGUCACAUUACUGCAUAUACAUAUAUACAUAAUUAUACAUAUAAAUAUAUAUAUAUAUAUAUAUAUAUAUAUAUAUAUAUAUAUAUAUAUAUUAAAUAUUACGAUUUUACGGUAUUAAGAAACCCUUGCAGAAGCGAACAAAAAAAACGAGUUAAACAUUAGGAUAUCCAUUUAGACGUAAUUAGAGAAGACAAAGCCGUUUGAACAACGUAGCUCCAUUAAACGGAGUCCCCGAGCACUCCUUUACCUCUCCCCCUUGUACCGUCGAAAACGUAUAGUCGCGUCGAUUGAAUCGUUUAGCGAGGAAAACUGCAUCUUUCGAUCGGAACACGCUUCGCGAUCCCCUGUUCGCGGCGCUUCGAUUUCAUUUUUAACUCGUUGAACGGACAAUUCUUUUAAUUGCCCUGCACCUAAAGCGAUCCACGAGAGAGAGAGGGAGCUAUCGAUUGGUAUAAUCUCGUUCAAGUGAUAAUAAUAAAGCACAUUUUCAACAUCGAACAUCUGACAAGAAACUUCUGUUUUUAAUUAAUCAAAGAAGAAAUCGUGUUUUUAUACCGAACGAGACAUUUUGGGUGUAGAGUCGACCCUGGAAGGCGCUCGAGCAGAGUGGCAAGUAUAGUAAUUUCUCCCUAAUUCGCGGUCAAAAUGCGCAUAAUUUAAAUAGCACAGAAAUGCAUGAUUUGGGAAGAUCGUCGAUAACUAUAAAAAUGAGACGCGAGUCUCCUAAAUUGUCCAUUUUUGUGCGCGAUCUGACAGCGAAUUAGGGAGAAAUCACUGUACCUCCUUCCCAACGAUUGAAACCGACAUCGCUGCUUAGCUAAUUCAGGUGCGAAGAUGAUCGAUCGAUCGAUCGAUCGCGCGACUCGUUUCGAAAGAGAGAAAUCGUGGUCCCUCCUGGUCGGUUUUCCCGCAAACGAUUUAAUCGCGCGAACCGAGCAACACGCUUGUCGCGAAGAAUUUGCGAGCGCGAAAAAACGCGGCGGCGAAAAUACCGGGGGAAACGAUGAGGAGCUAUACAGGGUGUCCCAAAAAUGUCUCGUAAUACGGAAACGGAGAGAUACCUGAGGU